AUGCCCUACGCCGGUCCCUCAGACGCUUCCUCCACCACGACCGCGACUCGUUCCCCUCAUCCCCACCGUCGCACCCGCUCCUCGAGCAACUUCUCAGACGAGCGUGGCCCCGGUGCCUUCGCCCCCCUCGGUCAACUUCCUCGUCUCAACAAGAAAGCCGUCUUCCACAUUAACGACAACGAUGAUGACGACAACCCUAAUGACGAUGACAGACCGUCCUAUACCUCGUACGCUAGCCCGUACUCUCCAAUCAACUCCCUCCGCCUCUCCAUGAACACAGGCAAAUUUUCCCCCUCAGUCGAUCCCCCUCCCCGUAUCGACAUCCCUCCGCUCGACCCCUCCACUGCGGUACCCUUCCCCACUUGUUCCCCUGCGUCCCCUUCGUCAUCCCGCCCUUCCUCCCCAUUCUUGUCUUUCUCCAGGUCUUCUUCUAAGACCGCCUCCCCGUCCCUCCCACGCACCCCAUCCAGCUCUAUCAUCUUAUCGAACGGGAAACCUCUGAAGUCCUCACUCAAGUCCUCGGCAUCGUCUCCCAACAUCUCAGAUCUCCCUAUCAAGCACAUGCGCGCACAGUCUGCCCCUUCCACGCCGAGCCACAUCAAGAACGUGCACUUCGCGGAAAAGGACUCAGGUCUGGAGACCGUCCGUGUCUACAACCGUGCUGGCAAGCCCGCUUCCCUGUCGAAGCCGCCAGGUGACGAGACCGAGACCGAGACUGAGGCCGAGAGCAGCUCCUUCCCUUUCCCUGUCCUUCCCGCGUCGCACGUCUCUUCCUCUGCGUCGUCGACGACGCUCCUACAUGAGAUUGAUUCUAACGCCGAGCGGACGAGCCCAGUGCCCAAGCUGAACCCGUCCCCUUACGCCAACGUUUUCCUGGAGACGCUUACGCUCCCGAAGACGCGUCCGCCGACGCUUCGCGGCACAAUCUUGGUCCGAAAUGUGGCGUUUGAGAAGACGGUAGCGGUUCGAUUCACUAUGGACGACUGGCAAACGACGAGCGAGGUCAUGUGCAAGCACGUGGUUAGCCUGCCCGGCCUCCCCCCUCCCUUCCCUCGCGCGAGGACGAUGGGAGACGUCGCCGCAAACAUCGCAACCGGGCAAACCGAGGACGAUCAGAAAGAGGGUUUGGGUCCCGCAUGGGAUCGCUUCAGCUUCACUAUCCGCUUAGAGGAUUACGAGACGAAGCUUUCCGAGCGGACUCUCUAUCUGGUCGUUCGGUAUAACCCCGGCUCGGGCGGUGAGUGGUGGGACAACAAUGACGGAGCGAACUACCGCGUUGGCUUCCGUCGGGCAGCUGCUUCCCCUCUCCCUUCCCCAGCUCUCGGUGCUGUGCACUCGCAGCAGCGGACCUUCAGCGCCCCGAGCACGCUCAGGACCACGCCGACUACUGGCACCGUCUCGCCAUAUACUCCUUCCACGAGGCAGCUUGCGCCUACGGCGCCACAACUCGUUAGGAGCAUGUCGUCCCCGUACCCGAAUUUCGGACGGGAGAACAAUGAGUGGGAAAAGAUGAGCGAGAAGGGUCUCGGCACGCCGACGGCGGCGUACCUCUCGAGGAAGCUGAACCUCAGCAACUACGUUGCGCCAUCCGCACAGGCCUCCACGUCUUCGAUGGUGACACCCCCCACUACACCCCCUGGAACCGGCCGUCUGCGCAGCGCCAGCCUUCCUGCGGAAGCCGGCCUCAGUGCGGACGAACCCAAGGAGAAGCCUGCGCAGACUGCCGGUGACGAGAAGAUUCCGACUGGGCCGACACUAUCGCCGCCGACGCAUCGCACGAUACCUGAACAAGGUCGUCCCACAACAUCGGUACAGGCUGCCUCUUCGUCCUCGACAUACCGCUCCCCUUCGCCGUCCGCAGGUUCCCCACCAGUGCUCUCUCCUUUGACGUCGAUACCAGGCCCGUCCGCGGACGUGUUGGCGGCCAACGCGCGGUCGUUCGGCCCGUCUUCUUUCGGGUAUGGCUUUGACGAGGCAAACAACUUUGGCUACAGCCGCCCUCAACUGCUGAGCCCACCGCAUUCAAAGGAGGGCAGUCCCUCGUCGAGCGGGACGGCGAGUCCGAGGCGAGAUGGCAGCCCUGAGAGGUCAGCACUCGGCCUGGAAGUCGUGUCCGACAGUCCAGCGGGCAACAACUCUGCGACAGAUAAGGCCGCCGUCACGUCCCUGAGUGACGCCGUGCGCGAGCUCGGUCUCAACAUGUCCCCAGACGCCACCGCUAACGCGAACGCGCGUGUAGACACGAGCGACCCGACCUACGCCGCGCUGCUCAGGCAGUGGUGCUUCGCGCAGAGCUCCCCUCCUGCGCCCAACGCCGCCAGCUCGCCGUCCGCCUCGCAAACGAAACCUCCUCUGCGCUCGCCUGCUUCGAUUUUGAAGAGCGGUGAGACGACGCCGAAAAUGCGGGAAUAG